AUGGGCAGCGAUUACUACGAAACGUUAGAAGUCAACAGAAAUGCAACAGAUGCAGAUAUCAAAAAGGCAUAUCGACGUCUUGCAUUGAAGUUUCAUCCGAGCAGCAACAGAGAUCCUGGAAGCACCGAGAAGUUUAGCCAGCUGGGUGAAGCCUACGAUGUUCUGAGCGACCCUCGCAAAAAGGCCACCUAUGACAAGUUUGGUGUGGAGGGUCUAAAAGGUGGUAUCCCUCCGGAGUUUGGCAGCGGUGGGGCCUGGUCAUAUAAAUAUGUCUACCAUGCGAACCCAGACAAAACAUUCAGACAGUUUUUUGGAGGUGACAACCCAUUUGCAGACUUCUAUACAAAUGAUACCCCACAUCAGUUUGGUGGUCUGCAACCAGGAGUGUUGAAAGUCCAGGAUUCCCCAAUAGAGAGAAACCUUCAUUUGUCCCUGGAUGAUCUCUUCCAUGGAUGCAUGAAAAAAAUUAAGAUCUCUCGUAGGGUUAUGAAUGAUGAUGGAUUCACAUCCAGUAUCAGAGACAAGAUUUUGACUAUAGAUGUAAAGCCUGGAUGGAAAGAAGGCACAAGAAUAAUUUUCUCCAAAGAGGGAGAUCAGGGACCAAACAGCAUCCCUGCAGAUAUUGUGUUCAUAGUGCGACAGAAGAGUCAUCCUCUGUUUGUAAGACAACACAAUGACCUGAUGUAUAAGACCCAGAUCUCUCUGGAAAUGGCAUUGACUGGGUUCUCUGUGGAUGUAGAGACACUAGAUGGCAGGCUACUCAAUAUUCCAAUCAAUGACAUCGUGCACCCUGCAUACAAAAAAGUGGUGACUGGAGAGGGAAUGACGCUGUCCCAGGAUCCUUCCCAGAGAGGAAACCUCAUCAUCACUUUCGACAUCCAGUUUCCUGAGAAGCUCGACACUGAGAGGAAAUAUCUGAUCAAACAAGCUCUAAUGUUUAAAGAUUGA